AUGUCCUUUCUAAAUGUGCUUGAAUUGUCCGAAAAUGCACUCCAAGGUGGUAUUCCUGCCGAGUUGGGUAUGCUUAGUCAGCUAAAAUUGCUUGAUCUUGGCUUCAACAACUUAAUGGGGCCGAUCCCCCCUGCCCUUUCCAAUUGCACCCGUCUCCAAACUUUGGUGACCUAUUAUAACCACUUGAACGACCCAAUUCCAUGGGAGUUUGGAAGGCUGUCAGAGUUGCAACAAGUGCUUUUGUGGCAAAAUCAACUCAGUGGAGAAAUACCCCGCUCAGUGGGGAAUUGGAGUCAGCUGGAAGUGCUGCAUUUGCGGACCAACCAACUGAGCGGCACAGUGCCCCUGGAAUUUGGUAAAAUUCAGCAGCUGAGACGGUUCAAUUUGUGGGGAAAUAAUUUUGUAAGUGGAAGCAGCGGUCUGCCUAUUCUAACAGUGCUAACUAAUUGCUCCAUCUUGGAACUACUUGAUUUGUCAGUAAAUUAUCUCAUUGGCAUCUUGCCCACUUCAGUUGGUCGCCUUUCAAAUUCACUCUCUUCUUUAGCUCUGAACUCAAAUGAAAUUGGGGGAAGCAUACCAAAUGAGAUUGGUAACCUGACAAACCUGAGAGAAUUAGCUCUAAGUGUAAACCGAUUCAAUGGGACCAUUCCAUCUGCACUCGGCAAACUUCCAAAUCUGGAAAGAUUAUAUCUGAAGUCAAACAAUUUGCAGGGAAGAAUUCCAAAAAGUUUUGGCCAAUCAAAAAGGCUCGGAUUGUUGUCACUGAGUAAGAAUAUGCUUUCAGGACAAAUUCCAGAUAGUCUAGGCGAGCUUCCACAAUUAAGAGACCUUUUUCUUUAUCGCAAUCAACUAUCAAGCAAAAUACCUGCCAGUUUAGGGAAAUGUUCUAUUUUGGAAAUGAGUAAAAUGGUUAUGGUUUUAGCUAUAGAUCUUUCUCAAAACAAUUUCUCACGUGUCAUUCCUAUUGCACUAGCAAGCUGCAAGGGUUUGGAAUAUCUAAAUAUUUCUUGGAAUGCAUUUGAGGGGCCAAUCCCUGCAUCACUAGCAGAUCUGCAAAAUCUGCAGUAUAUGGAUCUUUCUCGCAAUAAUUUGUCAGGUAUGAUACCGAUAAACUUGCCACCAUGCUCUCAUUCCAGUAACAAACAGCCAUCAGUCUCCAAAAAGGUGAUUAUUCCUGUCAUAGUAGGCAUUGCAAUUUUGAUCAUGUCUCUUCUAUUGGUAGCAUUUUCUUAUAGAUUAUGUAGACAAUCUAGUACCCCUGCUCUCAAUGUAUGGCCUCUAAAAAUUUCAUAUGAAGAACUUGUAGAUGCAACUGGUGGGUUUAGUGAUGAAAAUCUUUUGGGAAUUGGUAGCUUUGGGUCAGUUUAUAAAGGAAUUCUAAAGAAUGGUACAAAUAUUGCUGUUAAAGUUCUCAAGUUGCAAGAUGAACAUGCUCACCAAAGUUUUAGCAGAGAAUGCAAUGCAUUAAAGAGAGUUCGGCAUCGUAAUGUAAUAAAAAUAAUUUCAGCAUGCUCCAACCUUGAUUUCAAAGCCUUAAUUUGA